UUUCCCACAAGGCAGUAGGAACAGAGAGCAGCCAUUGCUGUGUCUGGCAGCAGACAUUCCAGCAGUGAGGAACCAGAGUCUUUAUUACACGUCACAUGUUCUGUAUUCUCAUCCAUCACUAAGCAUUGACAUGGACAGGAGUCACAGGACUGAGAGGAUAAUAAAUAUCACCAUGGAGAUCAUCUACCUGCUGACUGGGGAGGAUUACACAGUAGUGAAGAAGACAUCCAGUGAUUUUGAGACAUGCAGCAGCCGUCCCCGUGUGUCAGGAGGACUGAACAGGAACCGGAGCCCCAUCACGGUUCCUCAACCUUACUCACUGAUACAUGAGAGGCCCAAUGACCAGAAGAUCCUGGAACUCGCCAACAAGAUCAUUCAGCUGCUGACUGGAGAGGAGGAGGAGUAUAUAGAGGAACACAGGGGUCUGUACAAGGACGUGAUGAUGGAGAAUCACCGGCCCCUCACAUCACUGGAUGGGCCCAGUAACAGAGAUACCCCAGAGAGAUGUCCCCGUCCUCUGUAUUCCCAGGAUUGUACAGAGGAGAAUCACAGGAUCCUACAGAAGGAUCAGGAAGAAAGUCUGUCUGAUAUUAAAACAGAAGAUAUAGAGGGAGAACAAGAGACGUAUAUGACAGAUAUAACGACAGAAGAUAUAGAGGAAGCAGAAGAGACGUAUGUGGCUGAUAUGAAUGCAGAAGAUACAGAGGGAGAAGAAGAGACGUAUGUGACUGAUAUGAAGGCAGAAGAUACAGAGAGAGAAGAAGAGACGUAUGUGACUGAUAUGAAGGCAGAAGAUACAGAGGGAGAAGAAGAGACGUAUGUGACUGAUAUGAUGGGAGAAGAUAUAGAGGGAGAAGAAGAGACGUAUGUGACUGAUAUGAAGGCAGAAGAUAUAGAGGGAGAAGAAGAGACAUAUGUGACUGAUAUGAAGGCAGAAGAUAUAGAGGGAGAAGAAGAGACGUAUGUGACUGAUAUGAAGGCAGAAGAUAUAGAGGGAGAAGAAGAGACGUAUGUGACUGAUAUGAAGGCAGAAGAUAUAGAGGGAGAAGAAGAGACAUAUGUGACUGAUAUGAAGGUAGAAGAUAUAGACAGAGAAGAAGAGACGUAUGUGACUGAUAUGAAGGCAGAAGAUACACAGGGAGAAGAAGAGACGUAUGUGACUGAUAUGAAGGCAGAAGAUAUAGAGGGAGAAGAAGAGACGUAUGUGACUGAUAUAAAGGCAGAAGAUAUAGAGGGAGAAGAAGAGACGUAUGUGACUGAUAUGAAGGCAGAAGAUAUAGAGGGAGAAGAAGAGACGUAUGUGAGGGGUGAUCAGCAGUGUAAGGAGGAGGAAAUCCCUACAGAUAUCAGCACAGAUGGCGGCACAAGCAGGAAUGCCUUGGAGGGAGAUCUCAUCUUAUAUGCAGAUACUAAAACAGAAGAUAACAUCACACAGGAUUCUCCAGGAGACGGCGCUGUUAUGCUAAAUAUACAUCCAGUACCUCACAGCGCAGAUAUAUCAUCCAAUCCCUCUAAUCGUGAGGGCUGUUCUCCUGAUAACUCAGCUAUUGUUACACAUAGUGCAGCUCAUACACCUGAUAAUAUAUUUCCCUGCUCUGAGUGUGGGAAAUGUUUUACACACAAAUCACAUCUUAUUAAACAUCAGAGAAGUCACACAAGUGAGAGGCCAUUUCCAUGUUCUGAGUGUGGGAAAUGUUUUAUACGGAAAUCACAUCUUGUUAUACAUCAGAGAAGUCACACAGGUGAGAGGCCAUUUCCAUGCUCUGAGUGUGGGAAAUGUUUUACACAGAUUUCACAUCUUGUUAGACAUCAGAGAAGUCACACUGGUGAGAAUCCAUUUUCAUGCUCUCAGUGUGGGAAAUGUUUCACACAGAAAUCAAAUCUUGUUAUACAUCAGAGAAAUCACACAGGUGAGAGGCCAUUUCCAUGUUCUGAGUGUGGGAAAUGUUUUACACAGAAAUCAGAUCUUGUUACACAUCAGAGAAGUCACACAGGUGAGAGGCCAUUUCCAUGUUCUGAGUGUGGGAAAUAUUUUACACUGAAAUCAGAUCUUGUUAGACAUCAGAGAAGUCACACAGGUGAGAGGCCAUUUCCAUGUUCUGAGUGUGGGAAAUGUUUUAUAAGGAAAUCACAUCUUGUUACACAUCAGAGAAGUCACACAGGUGAGAGGCCAUUUCCAUGUUCUGAGUGUGGGAAAUGUUUCACACUGAAAUCACAUCUUGUUACACAUCAGAGAAGUCACACAGGUGAGAGGCUGUUUUCAUGUUCUGAGUGUGGGAAAUAUUUUACACAGAAAUCAGAACUUGUUACACAUCAGAGAAGUCACACAGGUGAGAGGCCAUUUCCAUGUUCUGAGUGCGGGAAAUAUUUUACACUGAAAUCAGAUCUUGUUAGACAUCAGAGAAGUCACACAGGUGAGAGGCCAUUUCCAUGUUCUGAGUGUAGGAAAUGUUUUACAAGGAAAUCACAUCUUGUUAGACAUCAGAGAAGUCACACAGGUGAGAGGCCAUUUCCAUGUUCUGAGUGUGGGAAAUGUUUCAUACUGAAAUCACAUCUUGUUACACAUCAGAGAAGUCACACAGGUGAGGCUGUUUUCAUGUUCUGAGUGUGGGAAAUAUUUUACACAGAAAUCAGAUCUUGUUACACAUCAGAGAAGUCACACAGGUGAGAGGCCAUGUCCAUGUUCUGAGUGUGGAAAAUGUUUUACACGUAAAUCACGUCUUGUUAUGCAUCAGAUUUCACACAGGAGAAGCAUUACUAUGAGUUGAUACAAAACAGGGUUUAAGCAACACUCCUGUCACAGUAUUUUAACACUUUAUGUUAUCCUUCCACAGAUAAUUGGAAUGUGUGUCAUUAAUAUAAGAUAACUAGAUCACUUCAGUGAAACUUUUACUAAUUUCUUUAUUGUAUAAAUUCUUCAAUGUA